AUUGGCGGUGAAAUUGACAGCUUAUGAGAUUACAAAUCUCUGUGCUUUUUUAACACCAAAAUCAAACUCCCCGAGAGAACGACAAUGGCGGCAAUUUGGAUCGCACAGCAAUUAUAGAUCCAUGGCCAUUGGCUUGAUGAUGUUGUUAGUGCGUUGUGUAUAAUAAUAAUAUAUAGAGCUGCGUUUUUCGAGAGAGGCCGGUGAGAGAACGGCACAGCACAACGGACCCCCCUCCUCCUCCUCCUCCUUCAUGUCGGUUUCAUAAUUCACAGUUACUGUCGGGAUCCCGCAUUGCGGAUAGAGAACGAGGAGGUCAAGGAGUAACGCACCUCUUCCUCCGCCUCCUGGAGCUAGGGUUUCUGGAAUUGGGAUAGAUCUGGCAUCUUUCUUCAUUCAAAUUUCAGUUCAUUCAUCAUGGGAUCGUCGUCGUGGGAUAAAGAGGAGAGCAAGAAGGGGAGGAAUUGGGGGACGGUGAAGGUGAUGUUGGGAUUAGGGUUUUGGGUGCAAGGCCUGAGGUGCUUCCCGUGGCUGGUGGUGAACUUCUUCCUCAAGGACGGUCUCAAGGUGGAGCCUUCCACUCUGCAGUUGCUCCAGCACUCGGCCUCCCUACCCAUGGUUUCCAAGCCCAUUUAUGGCCUCCUCUCGGAUUCCUUUUAUAUAGCUGGCCAACACCGCAUCCCCUACAUCGCCCUUGGAGCUUUCUUACAAGCAGUGUCCUGGAUAGCAAUUGCAUCUGUUUCUCCAUCAACAAUGUCGUUCUUUACAAUCACUCUCUACCUCCUCCUCAGUAACCUGGGUGCUUCAGUGGCUGAGGUUGCAAAUGAUGCCAUUGUUGCAGAGGCUGGGAAACAGCUGUCUGCCUCUUCCAAGAGUUCUCCAUCAUCUUCAUCUGGUGAGCUGCAGUCCUUCGUUUGGAUUGCAUCCGCGGUUGGUGGUGUCCUGGGAAACCUCCUAGGUGGUGUUGCCAUUGGUCGAUUCUCCCCCCAAGCAAUGUUUCUUUUGUUUGGUAUUAUCCUGGCAACCCAAUUCCUCAUCACAAUUUCAAUUCAUGAAAGUUCUCUUAACCUCCCCAAGAGUCCAUCAAAUGCGAGCAUCAAAAAGCAACUUUCAGAGCUCCUACACGCUUUACAGAAACCUGAAAUAGCUCGUGCAAUAACCUGGUUUGCAGCAUCUUAUGCCGUAAUUCCCGCCUUAACAGGCACCAUGUUCUUCUACCAGACACAGGACUUGGGGAUUGGCUCCUCUGUAUUGGGGAUAUCUAAGGUGUUUGGGCAGGCAAUGAUGCUCGUAUGGGGUAUUCUGUACAACCGAAACUUGAAGUCUGUUCCACCAAAGAAACUACUCUCAGGAAUUCAGUUGCUUAUGGCUGGUUUAAUGGUUUCAGACGCGAUGUUUGUGAAUGGUAUAUAUCGGAAGAUGGGGAUGCCAGACUGGCUGUAUGUCGUGGUCUUUUCAGGCUUUCUUGAAGUCGUGUAUUUCUUUAAGAUCCUUCCGUUCAAUGUUCUAAUAGCACAGCUUUGUCCACCAGGCUGUGAGGGAUCUCUAAUGGCAUUUCUAGCAUCAGUCGUCGCUUUUUCAUUCAUCGCGAGUGGGUACUUUGGGGUAGCAGUUGCGUCAUAUGUUGGGGUGACGGGGAAUGAUUUUUCGGGCCUACCGCGUGCCCUUCUUCUACAGGCAGUAUGCACGCUCUUGCCGGUCUAUUGGUCAUCCCUUGUCCCGGAUUUGCCCGAGAAGGCUAGAAAGAAAGAGAGCUAGAAGAAGCUCCCCCAGCCCCAGGAUGAUUCGGAUGCAUGCGGGGAUAGGAUAUUACCACUUCAAUUAUACUAUCAGUACUUCAAUUUUAUCACUUCAAUUAUAUCAUCAGAAAGAAAAAGGUCUCUUUUCUUUCUGGUUCAUUUAUAUCCUCGGCACAAGGAGAGGGAGAUCUAAUUAGUUUCCAUGAUAAUUUAUUAUUAUUUAUUUAUUGUUUAUGUUGAUGGAUAGAGAAUUACUGGAUAGUUUUAAGUUGUUUCCAUUGGAUCAAUUUUUUUGGGGGGGAGUUACUUUAUGUUUCUCGUACGAAAUUUUCAGUCACGGCCUGGUUCUGCUGGUUGUCUUU